UAAAACAAAUAUUUGUGCCCACUGGAGCAUAAGGAAGUCAAAAACCUGUGUGCCUCUUGCUCUAUGUCUGUUCUUGAGUUUCCCACUUAGACCUGUACUAAAGAUGUUGUCACGAAAUCUUUUAAUUGCUUCAGUAGCAUUUGUCUUCCUGGCAACAGCAGUUGUAGCUGCUCCAGUUGAAGACAAAGAACCAGAGGAAAAUGAUUUUGAAGCAGAAGAGGGUGAGGAAGAGCUCUCGGAGGAGGAAGAGGAUGAUGAUGACUCCAAAGGUCAACAUAUGAAGGGAGCUGGAGCCCAGCAAGCCACAAUGGUGCCCAAGGGCCCUGGUGUGACUGUUCUAACUGGCACUUCUCCGGUGGGCGAACCUCCAAAUGGUUACAAAGUGAAUGGAGCUGGAGCUGCACAGACAAGCCUUGGAUCAUCAAGUGGCUCAGCAACAGCAACUGGUUCUGAUGGAAGUAAUGGAAGAGAUUCCCAAGCUUUGCCCCCAGGUUCUCAAGUUGCAGGUUUAAGUGUGGCUGGUCACUGGAGCUCAACAUCAAAAGUCCCUGGUGCAGCUGAUGCUCCACACUCACACUCAGAGUCUCAUGGUUCACCAAGCCAAGUAUCACUGAGCCAUGUGUCAUCAGGUGAUGUUGCUUCAAGCCAUGUGUCAUCAGGUGAUGUUGCUUCAAGCCAUGUGUCAUCAGGUGAUGUUGCUUCAAGCCAUGUGUCAUCAGGUGAUGUUGCUUCAAGCCAUGUGUCAAGUCUGAUGUCGCCAGAUCAGACAAGUGGUUCAGCUUUUGUGUCCUCUGAAGUCCAGUCGCAAACAGGAGAAGCAGCAACUACGGAUGGAUCAAUACAUGAAAAUGGUGACAAUGGUGAAAUCCAUACAGUUCAUAUUGGAUCUCAGAUUGAAGCUCCAGGCUCAGAGUCAGUAUUAGAGAAACCAGAGACUGAGGCUAAUGGUAAUGGACACAAACAACUCAUUAAUGGGGAAGAGACAGGACACCCAGGCAUGAAUAAUUUCAUGGAGGGCACGACUCAGAUAGACUCAACAGGUGGUUUUGAAUCAUUUGGCUCCAAUCUGGAAAUGACAGGUAUUAUAGACCAUUCCAGCCAUGACUUCCUUAUCGGUUUAAUGGGCGGCCUGGGGGACAAUUUUGCUCCAGAUCCCUACACUGACAUUAUAGCAGAUCACAUGGGACUUGCUUUCCAGGUAGAAUCAACAGGAGCUUCAGUAGAUCCUGAAAUCCCAGCCAUUAUCAGCUCAGCUCCUCCAGACAUUCACUCGGCUCCUCACUCUGAAGGAAAUGGGCCAGUUGCAUCUGCCACGGAUUAUUCAGUGGCCUCUGACAAUGGUGUUCAGUUCUACUCCCCUGGAGAAAUGACAGAUGGUGCUGAUACACCCAGUAUAAACGGCAAUGGCCGUCUCAGACCAGUUACAGACACACACAAAGGUGAUCCUUCUGGGACCAGCAGUCACCUUUACACAACAGGUGAACACCACGGACUCAUCACACACACAGCAGAAACCCUGGAUGUUAAGGACCCCACCAUUAGCCCACUCACAGACAUCCCCUCGGAAGCUGCGGUCACGUCACACGCGGCAGGUGUGGGAACACACACGGUCGUGACAGCAGGUUUAGAAGGUGAAUCGGUGACCAAUGGACACAGACAGAUUGACAUAACAAUCGUGAGUGAGUCCAUCUACAGUUCUACACCUCCAGAUACAUUAGGGUAUGAAAGCACUGGUGUGACUGAAGGAAUCUCAAAUCAUACAGAUUCUGUGAUUGAUACUGGAGCUGGAUUUACAGAUUCUUUGAUCAAAACCCCUAUUUUAGAUGCCUCACAGACACAUUAUAGCAUGGUCCAGACGGAGCUCAUAGUCACAGGGGAUCCAGCUGGAGUCUCCUUACACACACAUGCUAUGGGAACAGCUGUCACUGAACCUCAAGGGACUCUCAGGGGUCUAAACCAACCUGGUGCUACUGAACAGACACAAGCAGCUGUUUCAGCAGGUGAACAGUACCACACAUCUGGUCAGGGUCCUGAAGGUGCAGAAAAUGUGGAACUGGAAGAUACCUGCUGACUUCCACAUGAAGCCCCGUGUGAGGUUUCUGCGCUACAGAUUUCAGUGUAUGGACCAGACGGCCUGGCAGAGGAACAGCGACCCCGACCACUAGCCUUAGCUUUGAUUCAUGUGUCUCAGUUUUUUAUGUUUAAAUAUUUAAACAUUAAGAUGACACUGUAAUGAACAGGUUAUUGCACCUGUUUGUAAUUUUAAGCAGCCAUACCGUAUUUUUUUAUUCGAAGGGGCGAGGGACAAAUUUAAUCAGAGGGGAUAAAUUCUGACCCUUUAAACUCCACGUGUUUAAACACACAAGGCUUCAAAUCUAACUUCUUGCUGUAUUUCCUUGCCUAGCUGUGUGAACAAUAUCUACGUGUCAUAUAUUGUACAUUUCUAAAUGUCAUUUGAAUCACAUUAAAUUCAACGUCUAUUUUGAACAUCUA